UUUUUAUCGAAGUCCGCCCCUGACUUAUACGCCGUGCGUCGCAGCUAUAUCUCCUCAUCUCCAUUAGCAGAAAGUUAAAGAAAAGUCCUGAUGUUAUGGCAUCUUUUCUGAAAGCAACCCACUUCAUUCACUCCAGUAACAAGCUUGAAUAUUACGCGUUUCCUCACUCCUAUAAUAAUACCCAAAGACUCAAGAUUUCAACUUCAGUCAAACCUCCCAUGGCUGCCCUCACCACCGCACCAACUGUUGGACUUUCUGAAACUUUCGCUCGAUUGAGGAAACAAGGCAAAGUGGCAUUAAUUCCAUAUAUCACUGCUGGGGAUCCUGACAUGUCAACAACUGCAGAAGCACUGAAAGUGCUCGAUCGAUGUGGUUCGGAUAUCAUAGAACUAGGAGUACCUUACUCUGAUCCGUUGGCUGAUGGUCCAGUCAUCCAGGCUGCUGCUACAAGAUCACUGAGUAGAGGGACCAAUUUUCCCAAAGUCUUAUCAAUGCUAAAAGACGUUGUGCCUCAGUUGUCCUGUCCAAUUGCCUUGUUCACAUAUUAUAAUCCAAUACUUAAGCGCGGUACUGAAAAGUUCAUGGCCACUGUGAGAGAUGCUGGUGUACAUGGACUUGUUGUUCCAGAUGUCCCUCUCGAGGAAACUGAAACUUUAAGAAAGGAAGCUGCUAGGCAUAAUAUUGAAUUGGUAUUGCUUACAACACCAACUACUCCAACAGUUCGUAUGAAGGCCAUUACUGAAGCUUCGGAAGGAUUUGUGUAUCUUGUGAGCUCAAUCGGAGUUACUGGAGCUCGUGAAUCUGUAAGUUCGAAGGUUCAAUCGCUCCUGAUCGACAUUAAAGAGGCAACAUCUAAACCGGUGGCAGUCGGAUUUGGUAUAUCAAAACCCGAGCAUGUCAAACAGGUGGCAGGAUGGGGAGCUGAUGGUGUGAUUGUUGGCAGUGCGAUGGUAAGAAUAUUAGGUGAAGCAAAAUCCCCCGAAGAAGGCUUAAAGGAAUUAGAGGUCUUUGCGACAUCUUUAAAAUCUGCACUCUCUUGAUUUAAUUUUUAGAAUCGACGAUUUUUUGUUUAAUCCACCUUGGCACUUCAUUUUUGAAACUCCAGCUCUUAGAAGCAAAGUGAUCUUGAAAACAGAUUUUGUUUGAUUUAAGCUUUAAGAUUUUGACAGUCAUACUCUAGCUUGUAAUUGACGCAGUGUUCUCUUGAUGUUUUCUAUGGUAAUUUAAAUUUAAUUAGUGCAAAAA